ACUCCCACGUUACUCCUAAAAUCCCCAGAAUUUCAAAAACAAAAUCAUUUCCUUAAUAAAACUCAUUUGUAUAAACAUGGAAUCUUUAAAUUUCCCCAACAUCAAAUCAGAGAAAGCAAAUGCGAUGAUAAGGUACAAAAAACGUCAAAGAGUGACCAUGUUUUUUCGAUUCAUCGAAUUCUGCAUUUUUUUCCUAGUAAUCUCGAGAUUUUCCACUCAAUUACCACUCAAUUAUUUCAAGACCCUCAUUACUCCUCGAUUCGUCUUUGUCCUUGUAAACGCCAUUGUUAUCAUCCUCUUCUUCAAAUCAGGAAAUUCAUCCGCUAAAAAUAGUUCCACGGACAGCGUUAAAUUCGAUUUAUAUGAUGAGUACACACAAAAAUAUUCGAUUUAUUAUGAACAGAGUAUUGCCGUAAAAGAGGCUAAUUGUGAUCAACAGAGCAUUGUAGCAGAAAGGCGAUUAGAGAAGAGAAUUCAUCGUAGUCAUUCGGAAAACACUUUAUGUUUGGCUCACGAUGAGAAAAAAACUAGAAAAAGAAUGAACAGGUCAGCUACAAUUGGAUGCUUGAAAAAUAUAGAUACUGAGAGUGUAAAACCAGCGAUGACGACAAAAUCAUAUUCAUAUCCAGAGGAUGGGAUGAGCAAUGGCGAAUUUAGGAAAACAAUUGAGGCCUUUAUUGCAAGACAACAAAGAUUAUUGAAGGAAGAAGAGUUAAUAUCUUGAAAAAAUUAACUAUAGUGAUCGGAAAAAAAAAUUAGUUAAGAAAAUUUAUAGCUAUUUCAAUUUAACUAUUUAAAAAAAGUGACAAAAAUAAGUUUGUGCAUAGUGAAAAGUUAACUUGCAUAAAAUCAGGACCUAAUUGCUUAUAUAUAUUUAAAUUUGGUACAUUAUCAAA